UCUGAAGAAGCGUUCAAAAGGUUUUUUUUCACGAAACUCCUUUUAAUGGACGGUUGAGGACAAAUGUUAACAUUAAGUAUGACUUAGUGUCUGUGUGUCGCUGCUGCCAUGACACAGUCGGUUGUUGUCCAGGUCGGACAGUGCGGUAACCAGGUCGGCUGCAGGUUUUGGGAUCUUGCUCUGCGAGAACAUUCCCAUGUCAAUAAAAAAGGGUUGUAUGAUGAGGCUCUCAGUAGCUUUUUCAGGAAUGUGGACUCAAGGAAAGGUGACGGGAGAACCUGUGGUGUCGGAGGGAGAAUCCAACAUCUGAAGGCCAGAGCGGUGCUGGUGGACAUGGAGGAGGGUGUGGUCAACGAGAUCCUUCAGGGCCCGCUGCGUGAAGUGUUCGACAGCACUCAGCUCCUGACGGACGUGUCGGGUUCAGGCAACAACUGGGCGGUGGGACACAUGACGUACGGCUCAGCUUACAGGGAGCAGAUCGUGGAGAAACUGCGGAGGGCAGCAGAACACUGUGACUGCCUGCAGUGCUUUUUUCUCAUUCACUCUAUGGGAGGAGGUACUGGCUCUGGCUUGGGGACCAGAGUGCUGAGUCUGCUGGAGGAGGAGUUCCCUGAGGUGUGUCGCAUUGUCACCUCCAUCUACCCAUCUGCGGAGGAUGAUGUCAUCACCUCCCCUUACAACAGCGUCCUGGCCAUGAGAGAGCUCACAGAGCACGCCGACUGUGUCCUGCCCGUGGAAAACCAGUCACUGGUCGACAUUGUGAGCAAGAUCCAACACAUGUCUCAUGGGGCGAAGCCAGGGCAGGUGAUCAGGAGAGACAGCGCCAUCAUCUCCGGACGGGGCGGCCUCAGUGCGGCAGAGAAGCCCUUUGAUGCCAUGAACAACAUUGUGGCUAACCUGUUGCUCAGUAUUACCAGCUCGGCGCGUUUCGAGGGUUCCCUCAACAUGGAUCUGAAUGAGAUCGCCAUGAACCUGGUGCCGUUCCCCCGUCUGCACUACCUGGUGCCCAGCCUCACCCCUCUCUACACACUGGCCGAUGUCAGCGUCCCCACCAGAAGACUGGAUCAGAUGUUCAGCGACGCCUUCAGUAAAGACCACCAGCUGAUCCGAGCCGACCCGAAGCGCAGCCUCUACCUGGCCUGCGCCCUCAUGGUCAGGGGCAACGUGCAGGUGUCUGACCUCCGCAGGAACAUCGAAAGACUGAGGCCGUCGCUGCCCUUCGUCUCGUGGAACCAGGAGGGCUGGAAGACGGGCCUGUGUUCGGUGCCUCCCGUGGGUCACUCCCACUCCCUGUUGGCCCUGGCCAACAACACCUGUGUGAAGCCCACAUUCGUGGAGCUGAGGGAGCGUUUCACCAAACUCUACAGGAAGAAGGCUCACCUGCAUCACUACCUGCAUGUCGAGGGGAUGGAGCAGAGCUGCUUCUCGGAGGCCAUCGCCUCUCUCGGAUCACUGAUUGAAGAGUAUCAUCAUCUUGAUGCCACCAAGGGGACGCUCAUGCCCGACGCACCCAGGCUCAGCAUCAGCAGAUGAAGGUCCACUCUGUUGUAAAUCUAUUUGACUUUUCUCUUUUCAAGCUUUGUUUUCGUCCCAUUCUCGUGGACGCGAUAUCGCAGUAACACCUUGACGAAACUUCAUCAAAAUCGGCACAAACAUUCACUUGGACUUAAGGAUGAACUGAUUAUAUUUUGGAGGUCAAACUAGCCAAAAACAACUUCACACAACCAAAUCUUUUGUAUAUAUUUAUAUUG